AUGCACUACGACCAGUUAUUCCCCUGCCACGCCCCGGCCCACCAACCGGGGCAGUUCACCUACUUUCGACGACUUCCCGCCGAGAUCCGAAACAUGAUCUGGGAAUUCGCCCUCCCUGAUCCCCGGGUCUACGAGGUCCUGGACGCCCCGAACGCAAAGCACAAAACCCCAGCCGACAAAGGCCUCAUGUUCGCCAACAUCCAUCACGAACCGCCCCCGGCUCUGGCCUCCGUCUGCAGGGAAAGCCGAUGCCUCGUCCUGCACCACUACAAACCCCUCACCCUAGGCAAUACAACAAAAUACAUCGACAUGUCGCGGGAUGUUUUGCUGCUCGAGCCGUACCUUUUGGUCAAGAGAUUGCACAGGACGCUGCACUUCAUGAGCCAGAUCCCGUUGAUUAGGGAGAACAUGACGCAGCUUGCGCUGGGGACGUCGUAUGGUGUUUAUCCGGGUAUCUUUCAUCCCGUGCUGGGGAGGAAAGUGUCGAAGAAUAAUAUGACGAAGUUGUUGAUGGCGCUGGCGAGGUUUCCGAAGUUGAAGACGUUGGUGUUUGUGGUGCAUCAGGAGUUCCAGUUCGAGUUUGACUUGAGGCAGGUGGGCGGUGUGCCACCGAUUCAGGUGCCGGAGGCUUAUCGCCCGGCAGCACCUCCGGUUGGGCAUGUGUUUGCGGCUCCCAACGGGUAUAUGGCUACAGCCGACAUGCCGCAUCACGUUCAGCCUACAACCGGCUUACCUUCACCAGCACACAGCACUACCUUGUCGCCCUCCCCACGUCGAGCAUUCCCGCAUCAACAUCAAAACCCCUUAACCCCGUUAACUUCCCCCUCUCACUCCCCCAUCCAGCACCCAGCAGUCCCGGCUCUACAAACAUCACCUCAGCAGUUCCCACACCAGCACCCCCCUCAACAGACCCCUCAACCACAACAACAAUCACAACCCAAGCAUCAACAAAUCCACCAAGCCUACCGCUUCAAAUUCGACAUCGAACGGAACAUCAACUCCCCCGCGGGGCCCCACGGUCGCCGCCCCUACCAUACGAACUCCUUCCUCUACUACCCCUUCUCCGUAGGCAACCCCGACGCCGAAGAGGACACCGAUGUCUGGACGAUGGCGUGCCGCUCGGGGGUGGCUUGGGGUAUGGGUUUGGGAGUGGGUAUGGGGCAUGGAACUUUACCGGCGGGGUUGAGGGGAAUGUCCGGGCCGGGGGCUUUCGCGCCGGGGUUGGGACUUGGAGGGUUGGGGUUGGGAGGGGGGAUGGGGGUUAUUGGACAGGGAGAUGGUGCUGGUAGGGAGGAAGAAGAGGAAGAAGGGGAAUGGUGCGAUCCGUGGCCGACGAAUGAUGACUGGAGGAGGUUUAGGAGGAGGUGGGUUAGGGCUAUGGUUGCGGCUUGUCUUGGGGAUCCUGUUCCUCAAGGAGUUGAAGAGGAAAGCGAAGAUGCUGGGGCUGGGAAGGUUCAGGGGAAGGGGUGUCCGCUGAGGAAGCAAGGGAUUGGGAAUCAGGGGGCGGGAGGAGGGAAGAUGGGGAAGGAGAGGAUUUAUUUGCCAGAGUUGUUGAAGAUGAGGAUUAGGGGGGCGAGUUUGUUGUGGAGGUAUGGGAGUGGAGUUCAUCAUGGAGCCGCGAGGUAA